AUGGCUCGAGAUCCUCGAUUCGCCACAAUUGAGAGCACGGAUAUCCGGAUAUUCGAGUCGAUUUGCGGUCCGAAUUAUGUGAAAACUGAGGGCAUUGACAGCUAUACAACUGACUGGACAAAAGCUUUCAAAGGUAAUUCUACCUGUGUUCUAUUGCCGGGCACAACGGAAGAGGUGUCGGCUUUACUAGCACACUGCGCUCGAAGAAAAAUUGCAGUAGUGCUUCAGGCUGGAAAUACUGGACUCGUCGGAGGCGGAGUUCCAGUGCAUGAUGAAGUAAUAAUAUCCAUCAAACGUAUCAGACAAAACUUUAGCUUCAAUGAAAAUACUGGUUCGUUGUUUUUCUCCGUAAGAAAUCUGUUCCAGGUGCUGUCGUACGGCUUGGUUAGCACACUUAGUUGCGACGCUGGAUUCCUCUUAGAAGAACUGGACAAUCGACUUGCUCCCUAUGGCUACAUGAUGCCGUAUGAUCUGGGUGCAAAAGGUUCAUGUAUGGUUGGUGGUAAUGUGGCGACAAACGCAGGCGGUAUACGGCUGCUUCGAUACGGUAGCCUUCAUGCACAUGUCUUGGGACUCACUGUGGUACUACCGACAGAAGAAGGUACGGUAGUAAAACUCGGGUCAGCUCUUCGUAAAGACAACACUUCAUUACACACUCCGCACUUGUUUCUUGGUAGUGAGGGACAACUUGGAUUAAUAACUCAUGUUACGAUGACUACAGUACCGAGACCGACUUCGGUCCAAAGUGCUAUGAUAGGCGUCGAAACAUUCGAAUCGUGUUGCAGCGUUCUGCGUUUAGCUCGACGUCAUCUAUCUGAAAUAUUGUCGUCAUUUGAAUUUCUCGAUCGCGAAGCGAUUAGGCUGUUGGAGGAGACGCUCAGUCUGAAGCCGAUACUGCAGUCCAACCCUAGAUUUACGAUCCUCGUUGAGACGUCAGGUAUUCUACAUAUAAAAUGA